CAGAAAAAUGCGCCAGUAAAAUGGAGAAGGGUGAGGAGAGGGGCGGUCAGGAGAAGAGCGGUUUGGUACUGCUCAAGUCCCUGUUCUGCGGCGGUAUGGCGGGUAUGGCGAGUAAAUCGUUUGUUGCUCCCCUUGACCGGGUCAAGAUAUUGCUUCAAACUCAGAACUCGGCUUAUAAGAACAAAGGAGUUGUUUCAGCUCUAGGUUUGGUUCUCCGUAGAGAAGGACUGGUGGGAUUAUACCGAGGGAACGGAGUACAAAUGCUCCGGGUCUUUCCUUACGGAGCAAUUCAAUUUGGAACAUUUGAAAUCUUAAAACGGUUUUUUAUUCAGAAUCCGACAAAUCCUCCAGGUUCAGAGAAAUCCUCGAACCUUAUUCGGCAGAUUGAUAAAGAUCGAGCUAGCGUGUUCCUGGCGGGAUCUAUCGGAGGAGUAUGUGGAGUAACGGCAACGUUUCCUCUUGAUACUAUUCGAGCUCGACUAGCAUACCAUACCAAGUCUGAAGCGGGUUACAGUGGAAUGAGAGAUACUUUCACUACUAUUCUAAAACAGGACGGAGUAAAAGGAUUCUAUCGAGGACUGAUUCCAACUGUAGUAGCUAUUUGUCCCCAAUCUGGGUUUAGUUUCUUUUUCUUUGAUGUUGUGAAGAACGGAUUGAUAGAACGAUUUCCUCUGUUCCGGAGUAGAACCGGGACGGAUAGAUAUGAUCUGAGUAUCCCAGGGAAACUCCUGGCUGGAGGAAGCUCCGGAGCUAUGGCGCAAACCCUGACCUACCCUCUUGAUGUUACCAGAAGAAAAAUGCAGUUAGGACAGGGUAAAGGAGUUUGGCAGGUUCUAGUUCAUACAUACACUACAGACGGAGUAGUCAAGGGAUUAUAUAGGGGUAUGUCAGUAAACUAUCUACGCGGUGUACCAUUGAGUGCCAUCUCCUUCUGCACCUACGAGUGCUUGAAGCAGCUCCUGGGAAUAUCAGCUUCUGUUAAACUAUAGUUAAUCUCACGAUAAGUUGUGAAAGAGUUAAUCCGAGCUUAAGUUCUAUCAGUCUUAAGUUAAGCCCCUUCUUAAGUUCUGGUGGACUUAAUCCGAGUUUAAGUUCUAUAAGUCUUAAAUUAAGCCCCUUUUAAGUUCUGGUGGCCUUAUUUGAGCUUAAGUUUUAUUAGUCUUAAGUAAGUCCCUUCUUAAGUUCUGGUGGACUUAAUCCGAGCUUAAGUUUUAUUAGUCUUAAGUAAAGUCCCUUCUUAAGUUCUGGUGGUCUUAUCCGAGCUUAAGUUUUAUUAGUCUUAAGUAAAGUUCCUUCUUAAGUUCUGGUGGACUUAAUCCGAGCUUAAGUUUUAUUAGUCUUAAGUAAAGUUCCUUCUUAAUUUCUGGUGGCCUUAUCCGAGCUUAAGUUUUAUUAGUCUUAAGUAAAGUUCCUUCUUAAGUUCUGGUUGACUUUAUCCCAGCUUAAGUUGGGUUAAAUCUAGGUUUGAUGAAUCUGAGUUUUGAUGUAACUUUAUUAGUCGCAGCUAAACAUCUGACUAACCCUCCCCACCCCCUUCUUAUGAUAGAAUAUAUAAUACAUUAGUAAUGUUUCGCCUUGCUUCUAAUAAUUGAUUGAGCUUUAAUAUCGAAUAAAAGGAUAGAUAUUUUCCAGUAUAAUAAAUCCCCCAAAUCCUAUCAUGUUCUUCUACUUCGGAGUGAAUUUGAAUUUAAGAGCUUUAGAGAAAAAAAAUUUUAUCACCGAAAUUUUUCAGUGAUUUUUAAAAUUUGAUUCUAAAUCAAUGGUUGCAGGGGAUAAGGGGGAGUAUUUACCUUGGAAACAAAGUUGAAUAUAAAUUGAUAAAUAAACACAUUCUGCAUUUUAUUGUACAGUUACAUUUCUUAAUAUUUUUCUCCG